AUGGCUACUGAAGAUGAUAACUUCGAUAUUGACAUCUAUGGCGAUGGUGGUGGCUACAACGCCAAUGAUCAAGGGGACUACAAACCGGAAGAGGGAAAUAAACAGGAGGAUUCGGAGCUGAUCCUUGAUGCCCCUGACCAGACGCAGAGUGGCGCUCCUUCGCAUUCUGACGGCGCUUCCGAGUCCACCGUGAAGAAUGACGGUCCGAACCCCAACGGUGAGCACGUAACACAGUCGACUACCGGCACUCCUCAGCAGCAGCAUACACCCAGCGAGACUCCUGCUCCCCAGCAGGGCGUGAAACGCAAGGAGCACGAUGACCGUCCGUCCGACCCGGACGCGACGCCUGCCUUGCUGGUCUCCGACCUCUUCUGGUGGACUACGGAUGACGACGUCCGAGGCUGGGUGAACGAGGCCGGGUCCGAGGAUGAGCUGAAGGAUGUGACCUUCAGCGAACACAAGGUGAACGGAAAGAGCAAGGGGCAAGUAUUCAUCGAAUUCACCACUCUCCAGGCGUCCACUGCGGUUAAACACAAAAUCGAGUCGUUCGGCGCGUCGGGACGGAAAUAUGCCAUCGUGUACACCAACCCCCAACCGAACCCCUUCCGUACUCUCCCGAAAGAUGCCCCCAUGCGGAAGGACAACCAAGCUCGACAAAUGUCUCAGGGCUUCAACUCGCCCAACCAGAACGCCAACUUCGGAAUGAACAACAUGGGCGGAGGUUUCCGCGGCGGCCGGGGUGGUUACAACAACCGAGGCGGCAUGAACAACAUGGGCGGGAACUUUGGCAACCGCAAUUUCCAGAACCCUAUGGGCGGCGGGUUUCAAAACCCGAUGGUCGGGGGCUUCCAAGGAAACGCCAUGGGGAUGCCGGGCUACGGGUUCAACAACCGGGGCGGCAUGAUGGGUGGCGGGAUGCGCGGCGGCCCUGGAGGCAUGCGCGGCCGCGGCGGUGGCGGUAUGGGCGGACCCAACAUGAUGGGGAUGCCGGCGAUGAACCCGAUGGGAGGCAUGGCGAUGAACCCCAUGGCCGGUGGGAUGGCCCCGAUGAUGGGUGGAAUGGGCGCCAACAUGGCUAUGCCAGGUAAAGGCGGCUUCCAAGCUCCCAAUCCCGGAUUCAACCAAGGCUUCUUCCCCAACCAAGGAGUCGGUGACGGGUCAUGGAACCCUCACGGCGCCAAGCGCAGCCGACAGGAAUGA